AUGGCAGCAAUGCGAGAUGCUGCAACAAGACAAUUGGUUCUUGCGUUGAUUAUGGUCUUAGCAGCAGUUGCACUUUCAGAUUGUCCAAUUGGAACAUAUGGACCUCCUGAAUGCCUUCAGGAUUGUCCACUUGGCUGUGACCAAGGCAAAUGCAAUGAAACUACAGGGGAUUGUACUGAAGGAUGUUUGCCUGGGUAUAUGGGAACAAGAUGUGAAAAAAAAUGUCCAAAUAACAAGUAUGGAAGAGGAUGUACAAAAACUUGCAGUCCAAUGUGCUUGCAAGGAAAUUGUUUUGGCAACAAUGGUACAUGCGAAUUUGGUUGUGCACCCGGAUUCCGAGGGCGAAAAUGCAAUGAAGAAUGUGACUUUACCAGCUUUGGAGAUAAAUGUUCAAAGAAAUGUCACUGCAAAGAUAAAUCUGAAAGAUGUGACAAAGUCACAGGUAAAUGCAAAAGUGGAUGCAAAGCUGGCUGGUUGGGAAAAAAUUGCCAAAAAGCAUGUGAUGAUUACAAAUUUGGCUAUAAAUGUACAAAGUCAUGCCGAUGUCGAGACAAAAAAGAAGCUUGUGACAAGGAAACAGGAAGAUGCCGUAGUGGCUGUGAGACAGGAUGGAGUGGUGAAGAUUGCUACCGAGACUGCAGCCGGUUAAGCCUUUAUGGAAAUAACUGCAAAAAACGUUGCAGUCAUUUUUGUAAAAAUCAAAAAUGUGACCGUGUUACUGGUGAAUGUCUUCAAGGUUGUACCAUGGGACAUCAAGGCACACACUGUGAAGAAGAAUGUCCUGCUGGAAGAUAUGGAGAAGACUGCAACAAUACUUGCAGUCCCAACUGUAUUGAUGGUGUGUGUGAAUGGUACAAUGGUUACUGUAAAAAUGGAUGUAAACCUGGCUGGGAAAUGGGACGUUGUGACAAAGUAUGCAAUGAUUUCACAUUUGGAUAUGAAUGUCUCGGAACUUGCAAAUGUAAUGACGAUUUGGAAAUUUGCAACAAAUCAACUGGAGAAUGCCUGUCAGGCUGCUUACCUGGAUGGAAAGGAAAGAACUGUUCCCUCAACUGCGAUUAUGGUACAUAUGGACCCAACUGUUCAAUAUAUUGUGGCUUCUGUAAGAAUGGUGCAACAUGUGACCCAGUAACUGGAUACUGUCCACAAAAUAUUUGUGAAUUUGGAUGGACUGGUGAAUUGUGUACUGAAGAAUGUGAAUCAGGGUUUUUUGGUUACAACUGUUCUGAAUAUUGUGGGUUUUGUUCUAAUAACAAAACCUGUGAUCCUUACAAUGGAACUUGUCCAGAAGGAUGUUUAGAUGGCUACACAGGACCAAUAUGCCAGAGAAGGGUUCUAGCAGACACAUAUCGAAAUCUAAUGAAGAACUUGGCCAUUGCCCUGGGUGUAUUUACUGGGUUAUUUGCAUUUACUUGUAUUAUUCUAAUGGCAGUCAUGCUACUUGUAAGCAAGAAGAAAAAAGACAAAAAAGUUAUCACACGUGAAGAAGAGAUACCAGAAAGUACAGAUGAUAGGACAGACUACCCACAUGUUUAUCCCGCCUGUCCAGUCAGGGUCACACGCCACUCAUGCACAGGUCAAGGGCAAGAAUUGAUCAGCCCUCAAUCAAAACAUCAACUGAUCACAAUUGGAAAUUUAGUUGUGGGCAUCACUGACCGUAAACUAACAACUGGUUAUUUUGGUGAUAUCUGGAAGGCUCGUAGUCUAAGCAGUUGGGACAACACCACAGAAGUAGCAUUGCUUAUUGUUAGAGAUGGACUAUCAGAUGAUGAAAGGGGAGAUUUGAAAGAAGCUAAAGCUAUGGCUGAAGCACUUGGACAACAUCCUAAUAUCCUCAGUUUCAUUACAGAUGCUAUCACAGAAGAUCGCCAUUAUAUUGCAUUGGACUAUGCUGAAAGUGGAGACUUGCGUUCCUAUUUGUUGAAGAUGCGAAAGGGUUCAGACAAAGAACCAAAUGUGCUGGUUUUCUUCCAAGUGAAGCUGCUGUAUAUUGCUGCUGAAGUCGCUUGCGGAUUGCUGUAUCUGUCCAACCAUCAGACAAUCCAUGGUAAUCUCUGUGCACAAAAUAUUUACCUGGAUGAAAUACUGCGGGCGAAAAUUGGAGGAUUUGGCUUAACGAAACCAGCCGUCGUUAAGGAUGAAUAUAAAUGGCAAGCUAUUGAAACCCUCAAGACAGGCUGGUCAAGUACUAUGAGUGAUCUUUGGGCUUAUGGAGUACUACUUUGGGAGAUUAUCACUGUUGGUGGCGUUCCUUAUGGAGAAAUUGGCCGCCAAGAAUUACUAGAGUUUCUUAUGUCUGAGAAGCGACUAGAGAUUCCAACUCACUGCAACCCAGAAUUGGAGACAUUGAUUAAAAACUGCUGGAAAGAGAAUGAACGAGAACGAACUCAGUCUGAUGUGAUGCACGAACGACUGUUGGAAAUGGCCAGGGAAGGAGAGAGUAAUGGUUCUUCAAAACCGGUGAAACAAAGAUGGACAAAGAUUAUCUACAAUCAUAAAUACUUAUGGAAUGCAAGUCGGCAAGGAAACGCAUGA